UGGCGUCUCCCGCCGCGGACACCCAGGCGCGGACCCUGAGGAGCCAGCCGAUUCUACUCUACGUCGGUCAGAAGCCAGCGUUUGGAAGCCGGCCGAAAUGGGGCCGGGUUGAGCCGCCCGCCGCCGUCCGAGCAGCGCGGCCAAGGAUGGAGGGGCCGGCGGAGCUCAGCCCCGAAGCCGUGCUGCGCUUCCUCUCGGAGCGCGGGGGUCGGGCCCGGCAAGCCGAACUGGUGCAGCACUUCAGGGGUGCCCUGGGCGGCGAGCCAGAGCAGCGCACCCGCGCCCGCGCCCUUUUCAAGGAGCUGGUCAAUGCGGUGGCCACGGUGCGCACCGACGCUGCCGACGGCUCUAAGUACGUGCACCUUAAGAAGAGGUUCUUGGAGGGGGCCCCACCGUCCGAAGCCGUGCCCCUACGGGACCUGCCCAGUAUCUCGGUGACUCCAGAGCCCGAGUCCAGCAGCUGCGCCCCUGGGGCGCCCGACGGCCUGGUCGAGACCCGGGAGAGCGGCCUGUGCGCAGAGGUAGCGUCCCCCGAGGCGUCCCCAAGUCCGCGUUGCGAGCCGAGCGAUGGGGAGCCCCCGGCCGCAGCGCUUGGGCAGCCAAGCCCGGCCGGCGAGAGCCGGAACGGGCCGCCCCUGAGCGGCGGUGCCCCGAGGAAAAACUCGCGGCGAGACAUGCAACCUUCCCCCCAGGGACCGGUCUCCGGGCCCAGCGAGGACCUGGCGGCCCCGCCCCACGGCUGCGGCGAAAUGGACUCGGGCAGUUCCCCCGGGGCGGUAACCACCCCAAGGUCUACCCGCCAGAACCUCCGGGACCUUGUGAUGGGCAGCUCCCCGCAGCUGAAAAGGAGCGUCUGUCCCGGGGGGAGCAGCCCGGGGAGCUCUUCUGGGGGAGUACGCGGCAAAGGCGGGGGCGACUCAGACAGCGCAUCAGUCGCUUCGUCGUCGGCAGAGGAGGAGAGCAGCGGCGGGGGUUCAGUGACGCUGGACCCUCUAGAACACGCCUGGAUGCUCUCAGCCUCUGACGGCAAGUGGGACAGCCUGGAAGGGUUGCUCACUUGCGAGCCCGGCCUGCUCGCCAAGCGAGACUUUAUCACCGGCUUCACCUGCCUGCACUGGGCCGCCAAGCACGGCAGGCAGGAGCUCCUGGCCAUGCUGGUCAACUUCGCUAACAAACACCAGCUGCCAGUGAACAUCAACGCCAGGACAAGCGGAGGCUACACUGCCCUGCACUUAGCUGCCAUGCACGGGCACGUGGAGGUGGUGAAGUUGCUGGUGGGGGCUUACGACGCAGACGUGGACAUCAGGGACUACAGUGGGAAAAAGGCUUCUCAGUACCUGAGUCAGAGCAUCGCGGAGGAAAUCAAGAACCUGGUGGGAGCCCUGGACGAGGACGAUGGAGAGAGUGCCACUGGCAGCGGGGGUGGGCGUUGGAGGCUUUCAAAGGUGCUCCCUUCACACCUCAUCACCUACAAACUGUCACAUGCCCUGGAGGAUGGAGGGGAUCAUCACCAUCACCACCACCACCACCACCACCACCACUUGACUGAGGGAUGGGCUGGAGCCAAAGCAAAGGAUCCAGGUCGCAAGGCCCCCGGCAGCUCUAGCGGACGAAUAAAACCCAGACUCAACAAAAUCCGCUUUCGCACCCAGAUCAUCCACACUACACCCUCUUUUAGAGACCCGGAGCAGCCACUGGAGGAGGGGGAGGAGGAAGAGGAGGAUCGGCCACUUAAAGGCCACUCAUCCUCAUUCAAACUAAGGCCGAAGUCCAAUGUAUUUGGGUAAAAAUAAUUCCUUUUAGAAAAUUCUAGGUUUAUUGGUCUUUAGGAAUAGAAUACACAGUGUAGGCAAGGAAGAGAGACCAGAAAAGAAGCUAAAUUCUACAUUCUUACUUGGGGAGUUGGAAUGGGUGGGAGGAAUUCCCCCUAGCAUUCUGUGUGAAGUAGGUUUCCCAGCGAUUUUUUUCAUCAAACCGUGCCCUAGGCCUCUUUUCCCUAUGCCACCCCUUUGCCCUGGAGUCCCUGUUUCUGAGGACUGGAAAUGUAUUUAAAUUGCGUGUACAGAAUUGAUGAUUGAGGGUUCCUUUGAUUUUACCAUUACUGGAUGCCAUGCAAAAUAAGGAAUAUUGCACUUUUAUGUUUCUGUUUUUAAAAGUGGUUACUCUUACAAGAGCAACAAGAAAUGCAAGUUGUAAUGAAAUUGUAAGUGUGAACAAAAUUACAUACUGCUCUGGUUUUUUGUUUUUUACUAAUUGCAUUUACCUUUUAAAAUACUACUCAAAGUCAGGUCAAAGUUGAAAAGCGACAAUACUAUUUAGAGAAUAAUGUGAAUAAAAAUGGUAACUUGUUUGUAUUGUAAGUAGUGCUCAACUAUUUUUUUAAAAAGCAAUUUCAACUUUAAUCACUGAACUAAAGAAAUAGGCAACAUUCAUUUUUGAGGUAAUCUAUAGUGUGGUUUCCUCUUAACUAUCCCUAGUAUCACUGCAGUCAGUGCUAAGGUACAUUAUUAAUAACUACACAUUUUUAUUUAAAGAGAACACUUAAUCUAUGGUACUUUUAAGUAAAACAUUGCCUUUGGCUCUGAUUCUCACUAAUUUGUUUUGUUAUUAUAAGUAAAUUUGCCAGAGUUUUAAUUCUAGGGAUCAUAUAACCGUUGGUUCUAUUUGACAUGACCCUAUUUGGUGGUACUUAGAUGUGAAUUGCCUACAGAAUCUGUUUCUGAUUUAGACGACUAGCAAAAAUUGGCAUAAAUGUUAGUGAGCCUAUGCUUCUGUGAAGUAAUUAUUAAAUCAAUGAUUCUCACAUAAGGUAUACUUUUUAUUUUACUAAUAAAGUACACUCAUAGUCUGUGCUCAUAGUCUGUGCUUUGUAGCAAUGUUUGCAAAUGUUUAUAAUACUAAAGACUUUCAAUUUUCCAAUGUUUCCUUGAAUUUGUUAGAGAUGUACAGUGAAGUUACUGAAAAGCUGGAUAGUAAAUCUACCCAGUUAAAAAUAGCACUUUAUAAAAGGGAAAAGAGAAGAGAUGGGGCUAUUUAUUUAAAUGCUGCUGGCUAUUGAAUUCUUUUGUAUAUAAGUGAAAAAUACUUUUCAUUAAGAUUACAGAGUUAAGUGUAGUUCUUAAUCACAUUUCAUUAAAAUUUGUUAGGGUAAACAUCUAUAUAAUAUAAAAUUUAACUCACAAGCAUAUUAAAUCAAUUUGUAACAAUUUAACAAUAUUCAAAACAACUUUGUGGGAGACUAAUUCUAACAAGUCCUUCUCCCUUAGUCUUUUUGGUCUCCUAACUGCUGAAGUGUAAGUACCUGCAGCCCAUAGAGGUAUAUAAGAUGUGUAUAAAUGUGAAUGAACAGGUAUAUAAAUGGCGCAGAACUGGAGACUCAAGAGAGUUCUUAGAUCUUUACUUUCCCAAGUCAGAGAAAUUUGUACUAAGUUUGUCAGCCUUUCUAGAUAGCAAUUGAAUUUGUUUAAAGACAUAUCAAAAAUAUUCACAUAAAAUAUAUAAGCUAUUAUCCAUUUGUGUGCCUUUUUUUUUUUUUAGGAUUAUGGAAGUGGUCUAGGUACAUUUGAGAAGCACUUUUAUCCAUACAUAUGGGUAAAAACAGUCUAAUUUUAUGUAAAUAGAGGUUCCUUGAGGGUGAAAAGCAGUCAUUUGUUUGGAAUCAUAUACACAUUACCUGUAUCUAGUGCAGAGCAAGCUAUAUAACUUCCCACCGAGGAAUCUGACAUUUCUUCUUUUUUUUUUUUUAAGAUUUUAUUUAUUUAUUUGACAGAGAGAGACACAGCGAGAGAAGGAACACAAGCAGGGGGAGCGGGAGAGGGAGAAGCAGGCUUCCUGCAGAGCAGGGAACCUAAUGUGGGCUCCAACCCAGGACCCUGGAACCAUGACCUGAGCCGAAGGGAGGGGCUUAACAACUGAGCCACCCAGGUGCCCCGGAAUCCUACAUUUCAUUGACAUAUAAAGCUAAAGUGAACUAUAAAAAGUAUAUACUGGGCGCCUGGGUGGCUCAGUUGGUUAAGCAACUGCCUUCGGCUCAGGUCAUGAUCCUGGGGUCCUGGGAUCGAGUCCCACAUCGGGCUCCCGGCUCAGCGGGGACCCUGCUUCUCCCUCUGACCCUCUCCCCUCUCAUGCUGUUUCUCUCUCUCUCUCUCUCAAAUAAAUAAAUAAAUAAAAUCUUUAAAAAAAAUAAAUAAAUAAAUAAAUAAAUAAAAAGUAUAUACUUCAGAGCCAUCUAAAUGUUCUAUUAAAGUCAGUAUUAAUCUCGAAACGUAUAUAUUCGUAACGAAUUGCACAAAAUCUAUAAUUUACUGGAUCUUUAGAGAUUGCGUCAAUACUUCAUUUAACCUGCUUUUCACAGUAAAGAUUUUAACUUUAACAAUAAACUCUAAAUUUUCAAAAAUCAUUCCUGAGGGGAACUACUUCUAGCAUUCCUUGUCAUUAUGUGCUUGUGUGCAAUAAGUAUAGCAUUUUCAGCUACUUAAACUCUAUAUUCCUCUUAUUUUUCAUUUUCCAAAUUGAGAUUAUUAAAAGCAAAUGAUCUGUGUAAUUUGUUUUUGUGGAGUUGUUUCUGCCAUUAAUGGAAAUAUAUAUGUCAAUUACUUAGAUGUUUGUUGAUAUGAAACUGUGUAGGGUAGACAACCCAAGUAUAUCCAUGUGUUUCUUAUAGAUACACUUGAAACUAGUGAGUGUUUGGUCACAAUUCUCUACCCUUUUAUGGUAUGUAAAAUGCAGCUAGUUUAUAUAACUUGAAAAUCUGGUACUAUUUUAUUCAUGACUGAAAUCUUGGGAGUCCAGGAUGCCUCGUCUCUUAUUUUUUAAAUGAGUGAAACUUUGGGAGUUUAUAGAGUGUAUAAUUUGUAAAGUUUGUUUUGUCAAAAUAAAAGGU